CCGGAUCAUGGAACUCGGGGACCCCCGCGAGCCCCGCGAGCCCAGGCCAGGGGCAGAGACCGCGGCGGCCCCGCGAUGGGAGGAAACCAAGACUUUCUACGACAACCUCGCGCCCAAGAAGAAACCCAAAUCGCCCAAGCCUCAGAAUGCCGUCACCAUUGCUGUGUCCUCCCGAGCCUUGUUCCGCAUGGACGAGGAGCAGCGCAUCUACACGGAGCAGGGCGUGGAGGAGUAUGUGCGCUACCAGCUGGAACAUGAGAACGAGCCUUUCAGUCCCGGACCGGCCUUCCCCUUCGUGAAGGCUCUGGAGGCUGUGAACAGGCGGCUGCGGGAGCUGUACCCCGAUAGUGAGGACAUCUUUGACAUUGUCCUCGUGACCAACAACCACGCUCAAGUGGGCGUCCGUCUCAUCAACAGUAUCAACCACUACGACCUGUUCAUUGAGCGGUUCUGCAUGACAGGUGGGAAUAGCCCCAUCUGCUACCUCAAGGCCUAUCACACCAACCUCUACCUGUCAGCUGAUGCGGAAAAAGUGCGGGAAGCCAUUGAUGAAGGAAUUGCAGCCGCCACCAUCUUCAGCCCCAGCAGGGACGUGGCUGUAUCCCAGAGUCAGCUGCGCGUGGCCUUCGAUGGGGAUGCUGUGCUCUUCUCCGAUGAGUCGGAGCGCAUCGUCAAGGCCCAUGGGCUGGACAGGUUCUUCGAGCAUGAGAAGGCCCACGAGAACAAACCUUUGGCUCAGGGCCCCUUGAAGGGCUUUCUAGAGGCACUGGGUAGGCUGCAGAAGAAGUUCUACUCCAAGGGCCUGCGGCUGGAGUGUCCAAUCCGCACCUACUUGGUGACGGCACGCAGCGCGGCCAGUUCUGGGGCCCGGGCUCUCAAGACCCUGCGCAGCUGGGGCCUGGAGACAGACGAAGCCCUGUUCCUUGCAGGAGCGCCCAAGGGCCCCCUCCUUGAGAAGAUCCGCCCACACAUCUUCUUCGACGACCAGAUGUUCCAUGUGGCUGGGGCUCAGGAGAUGGGCACAGUGGCCGCCCAUGUGCCUUAUGGCGUGGCACAGACACCCCAGCAGGCUGCACCUGCGAAGCAGGCCCCGUCUGCACAGUAGCUGAGCCGCCAGCUCCAGGCACAGCCCCCUGUCAUAUACUUCACCAUGUCGUCCAGUGGACCCUUCUAGUUCCUCACCACUCUGUCCUACAUGACUGCUCCCAUCCCCACGAGUGAGGGACUGGUGGGGAAUUAUGCGGACUGAGCCAGAAUUCUCACCAGCCCCUCUUUCGGGCAAACACUGUGCCAUGAUUCCAGCAAGGAGAGGAAGACUGCAGAGUAGCUGGGUUGCAGAGAAAGUUGAGGGAACGAGGGUGGCAGGUCAGAGGAGCCAGGGUGGGGCCUGGUCAGAGGAGCCAGGUAAGAAGGGAAGGGGCCUGGGAUGAAAACCAGCUCAGUGGGAUGCAAGGAACAUGGCUUUGAGAGCGAAGGCAUCCGGCUUCUAAGCUCCAUCCUGGCAUUAGCUGUCUGACUUCGGGUAAGUCCCUCCCUUUCAUGGCCCUCAGUUCCCCCAUCUUGUAGGUGGUUUUCAAAGUCUCCUUCAGCUCAAGAAGCUUGGUUUAAUAAGAUUGCCCUGUGAUAGGGCCGCUGCUAGUCCGUAUGGUACAUUUGUUCAAUUAGAGAAGAGCACUGUCUCUAGAAUGAAUUUCAAAAAGACGGCCCUUCCUGGGGGCUGGCCCAGACCCACACUGGGGUCCUUGCCUUGCUCGGCAGCAUGUAGCCUGUUUUUCAGCCCCCACUGGCUCCUCAGGCCAGAGGCCUUUGUCAGAUGGGCAAAAUGCACAAUUGUCUGCAGCAACCCUACCUCUAAUGCCACACGUUUGGAAACCACUGGACAAGAUGACCCAUCUGCUCCCUGUGAUCCUCUACUCUGAGUCAUGCACCAGGGGUCAGCUGCCAGGGGCAGGGUUUGCGGAAGGAGAGAGGAGCCAAUUUAACCUGCGCGCAAGCUCUCCUUCCACCAGCAGGGGGCACUGCAAGCUCU